AUGUCCAAGUCGUUCCGCGAAAUCAUCGGCGUUCAGCCCAGUAAAGCCUCCACCUCCGACAGCGUCUUGAUCAUCAUCGACGCGCAGAACGAGUACGCAGACGGCCACUUGAAAAUCGUCAACGUCGAAGAAUCCCGCUCGGCCAUUCAAACCCUUCUGGAGCAAUACCGCAAAGCCUCCGCGCCCAUCAUCCACGUGCAACACAUCACCCCCUCGGGCGCACCGGUCUUUACGCCCUCCACGCCCCUCGCUGAUAUCUUCUCCGUCCUCACUCCCAAAGACGGCGAGUCGGUCGUUUCCAAGAACCAUCCGGGAUCAUUCACGGGCACGAACCUGCAGGAGUUGAUUGAGAAGACGGGGAAGAAGCAGGUCGUGCUUGUGGGGUAUAUGGCGCAUGUGUGUGUAAGUACGACGGCGAGACAGGCGGCGGAACGGGGUUACGAUGUUGUGCUUGUCAGAGAGGCGAUUGGGGAUCGGGAUAUACCGGGCGUGAAGGCGGGGGAGCUGGUGGAUGUCGUGUUGAAGGAGUUGGCGGAUGGGUUCGGAACUGUAGUCGGGUUGAGCGAGGUUCAAUAG